AGCCCCCGUGGAACGUACAUAUCUGCGCGGUGCUGCCCGCCCGGCGCUCGCACUGCAGCCCGGCGCUCGGCCCAGCACAGACCCGCCUCCCGCAGCCCGCCCCGUCCCUUCCUCCGCCUGGGUCCCGUCCGUGUGUGUGGAGUCCUAGCCCGCCGCCACCAUGGAUGCCAUCAAGAAGAAGAUGCAGAUGCUGAAGCUCGACAAGGAGAACGCCCUGGACCGAGCCGAGCAAGCCGAAGCGGACAAGAAGGCGGCGGAGGACAGGAGCAAGCAGCUGGAGGACGAGUUGGUGGCUCUGCAAAAGAAGCUGAAGGGCACUGAGGAUGAGCUGGACAAAUACUCCGAGUCCCUGAAAGAUGCUCAGGAAAAGCUGGAAGUGGCUGAGAAAAAGGCUGCGGACGCUGAGAGCGAUGUAGCUUCUCUGAACAGACGUAUCCAGCUGGUUGAGGAAGAGUUGGAUCGUGCUCAGGAGCGUUUGGCAACUGCUCUGCAGAAGCUGGAGGAGGCUGAGAAGGCAGCAGAUGAGAGUGAAAGAGGAAUGAAGGUCAUUGAGAACAGAGCCCAGAAGGAUGAGGAGAAAAUGGAAAUCCAGGAGAUCCAGCUUAAAGAGGCCAAGCACAUUGCUGAGGAGGCUGACCGCAAGUAUGAAGAGGUGGCUCGUAAGCUGGUGAUCAUUGAGAGCGAUCUGGAGCGUGCUGAGGAACGUGCUGAACUCUCAGAAGGCAAAUGUGCUGAGCUUGAAGAGGAGUUGAAAACUGUGACCAACAACCUGAAGUCGCUGGAGGCUCAGGCUGAGAAGUACUCACAGAAGGAAGACAAAUAUGAAGAGGAGAUUAAGAUCCUGACUGACAAAUUGAAGGAGGCUGAGACCCGUGCUGAAUUUGCUGAGAGGUCAGUAACCAAGCUGGAGAAGAGCAUCGACGACUUAGAAGACCAACUCUACCAGCAACUUGAGCAAAACAGUCGCCUAACUAAUGAACUAAAGUUGGCAUUGAAUGAGGAUUAAGCUUUAGUGUGAAUAAACUUAGUUGUGUCUAAACAAACUUACUCUGAAGUUCCUCAGGAAUGAAUGAGUCAAGGUAGAAAUAUGCAAGAAACCUAUAAAUUGAUUUCCAAGAUAUUGUAACUGCUGUAAAUUAAUGGAUGAAAUUCUCAAUUCACUCUUUGGAAAAGAAGUGCAAGUGGAAGAAGUAACACUUCUGAUAAGGCUCCCAUAGUAUCUUGGAGCAGCCACAAAUUCUUCCUUUGCCUGUGCAAUAGUUUCUUUCCACUUCAAUACCAGUUACAGUAAGUAGCUGAUGAUAUUUUAAAAAUGAACCCCCCUCUUUGUAGAGAGAUCAUAAUCCUUUUUAGCUGAUGUCACAAAUUGGAAUUUUACUGGUAACUAGGGGAAGAAUAUUAGCCAAGAUUCAGGUUUCAAAACCAAAAUAAAACAUAUUCCCAGCUAUUUUGUAUCUGGAAAUGUAAUGCACUGUUUUGAAUUACAAUAAAAUUGGCUUGUAUUUGAAUAAAAGCAGUCCUGAAAUAGGAACCCCUUUUGGAAAUACCUGGUCAGUUUAGAGGUAUGCUUGCAUCAGAAUAAAGUCGGUUUUACUGGCUUCUGGUAGCAUGUAGCUCCAGAACAUUGUGCUCACAUACUGUAUCAUGUAAGAGUGUUAAAUGACUGUUCUGGGGGGGGGAAAGUGUGCAUGCAACAUAAAACUACUAACUGCCAAUAAAACUGCUGUUAGUUUAUUUAACAGCUGAUAUAACUUGUUAAUUUCAGUUUUUGGUUCUUUUGUUCUCAUUCUCUGCAAGUUCUGAAUUAUAAUGUGACUUCAAAAGUGUGGAACUGCCUAGAAUACAGAUUAACGAAUUCUGUCAUUUAUUGUUACCCUGUUCAUUAAAAAAAGUUUAAAACUCCCCAUUUCCACAGCACAUGGCAUCUGGAACUUACAAAAAUCUAGUCUAUUUUUGGCAGUGUGUUGUUUUUAACAUAUACAGCUGCAGAACAGUUCAAAACUUGCAUCACUUGCAGUUCAUGUUGUUAGUUUGGACCAUUCCCUAGUUGUCUUGGCUGGGAACAUUGGUAUUUAUGAGCAUGUACACUACUUAUCAUAAUAAACCCCUCCAUUAUAAGUGAUGAUUGCAUGCCUUCAUGUAAAGAAAAUUUAUGUGUCCAAAGAGCUGCUAUUCACAUUUUGAUUUUCUAAUCCCA